AUGCUGGCAACUUACGCCGCGGAUGGCUAUGCACGCGUGAAGGGAAUGUCAGCUCUUAUCACCACUUUUGGUGUUGGUGAGCUCUCGGCCGUAAAUGGCAUUGCGGGUGCCUUCUCCGAGCAGAUUCCUGUGGUGGCAAAACUCAACAACCCGGUCGAUAUCGCGAACCAGAUCGAUUUUACGCUUCGUGAGUGCUGGAUCCGAAGCCGCCCUGUGUACAUCACGCUACCUACCGAUAUGGUUGAGGCCAAGGUAGAGGGUGAGAGGCUUCGAACGCCCAUUGAUCUCUCCGAGCCCACCAAUGAUUCUGAUCGAGAGAACUACGUUGUCAACGUGAUCCUUCGGACUUUAUAUGAUGCCAAGGACCCAAUCAUCCUUGUUGACGCUUGUUCCAUCCGCCACAGGGUUAUCCCACUGGUUAAGAAAUUGAUCGAGAAGACCCAGCUGCCUUACUUCAUGACCCCAAUGGGACUCUGUGAGGGAUCGAGUGGAAGCCUCGGAUUUGAUCCUUUUGUUGGUUCCCUAAAGAGCGACUUCAACACCGCCGGUUUCUCCUACCGCACCUCGCAGCUUAACACCAUCAAUCUCCACAGCACGUACUGCGCCGUCCGCUUCGCCGAGUACCCUGGGGUGCGCAUGAGUGGUGUCUUGAAGACCCUCAUCGAGAAGGUUGAUGUUUCGAAAGUCAACGUCACCCCGCCUUCCAACAAGAACGGCAUCAUUACCCACGCCGAAAAGUCCAGUAUCAUCACCCAUGACUACUUCUGGCCUAAGAUUGGAGAGUUUCUGAAAGAGCGCGAUGUCGUUAUCCUGUGGGGCAGCAUCGGGUGGUCCGUCGGCGCUUGCCAGGGUGCUGCCCUGGCGACGAAGGAUGCCAAAGAUGAUAGAAGAACCAUUCUAUUUGUCGGAGAUGGCUCUUUCCAACUUACGGCCCAGGAACUUAGCACGAUGAUUAGGCAUAACCUAACGCCUAUUAUUUUUGUCAUCUGCAACGAAGGUUUCACUAUCGAGCGGUACAUCCAUGGUAUGGAAGCAUCAUAUAACGACAUUGCCGCAUGGAAAUUCCAGGACUUGGUUACUGUCUUCGGCGGAACGGACAAGAAUACACGCAAGAUUCAAGUCAAGACCAGAACCGAGCUAGAGACGCUCCUCAAGGAGGAUGAAUUCAACGCAGCCAAGAAGUUGCAGUUCGUCGAGCUCUAUAUGCCCAAAGAGGACGCACCCACCGUCCUAGUGAAGACGGCGGAGGCAAGUGCCAAGGUUAACAAGAAGAGAACUUGA